UAUCUCAAUCUCACAAAUCCCUUAUCACAAUUUUCUCCCUCUCAAUAAUGUCAAGUUUAACUUCUUAUAUCUGAAUACCCGAAAUAAACGUCAAUCAAGAAUAAAGAUACCUAUGAUUCGAGGCGAAUUGAAGGUCGGUCCGUUCAAGUGUAAAGGAACUUUUAAAGAGGGCGAUUCUCCCGUUUGCGCUUGUAUCUAUUCUUUCCUCAAGUUAGUCAAUGGAAGCAAUAAGCGGACGAGUCGUAAAAUUUUCAAAACAAGAGGAACGGCUAGAAAUGCAGCAUCUGGUCGAUGAAGAUGAUGACAAGGAAGAAGAAGUACGGAUCCCAAAAUUUUCAGGGCUACCAAUCUACCUGAAGUGUCCAUAUCUUGGCGUUAUUCUGGCGGCAACAUCCUCUCUUUUCUUCUCACUUUGUUCUGUGAUAGUAAAAUGGAUGGUGAAUAUUCAUCCUAUCGAGCUAGCAACCUGUCGCUUUGUUGGUGUCCUUCUGCCUACCAUUCCUAUCUUAAUAUACCGUAAUGAAUCUCCUUUUCCGGAAGGUAAGAGAACCAUGCUGCUCUUGCGGUCGUUCCUUGGAUCAAUGGGCCUUAUGCUUAGCUUUUAUGCAUUUCGCCAUAUGCCACUAGCUGACGCCUCAGUUAUAGUGUUUAGCGUUCCAGUAUUCGUUGCAAUUUUUGCCAGAAUAUUUCUGAAAGAACCGUUUGGUCUGUUCAACCUGAUUACAACUAUGAUAACUUUGGUAGGCUUAAUCCUCAUAACCCGGCCCAUGUAUAUUUUUGGUGCCUCCGUGCCGUCGUUGGCAUCCAAUGAUGAGAAUGAGUACGACUCUGUCUGGGGUUCGAUUGCAGCCUUUUCUGCAACCCUAUUCGGAGCUAAUGUUUAUGUUCUGCUCCGUGCCUUAAAGGGGCUUCAUUUCUCAGUUAUUAUGACCAACUUUGGAGCCUUUGCGUUAGUACUGACUUUAGCAAUAACAUACCACUUGAAAGUUUUGUGCUUACCUCCGUGUGGCAUCGAUCGAUAUUUGAUAGUUGCCUUAGCAUUGUUGAGUUUUAGCGGGCAGAUUUUAUUGACACUAGCACUCCAGAUUGAGGAAGCAGGUCCUGUCGCCAUUGCACGGUCGGCAGACAUCGUGUUUGCCUUUAUUUGGCACGUUUUAUUUUUCAGUGAAGUGCCGAACCGAUACAGCAUAGCUGGGGCAAUCUUGGUGACUAGCUGUGUAGUGCUCACUGGUGUACGUAAAUGGGUCCUGGCCUUACCAGAAAACAAUAGUUUGAAGAAGAAACUAGCCUUGCUAACUAAGUGAUCACUUAUAUCAUUAUUCAGAAUCAAUGGAAAAACAUAACAUCUCAGGAUUUCUGGCAAGAAAUUAUUUACUUUUCUUUGAUUGUCAAUCAACUGCCAUGAGACAGAAUCAUAUUAUGAGUUUAGUUUCAGUAUUCUAAUCUCAUGUAUAUCUUGAUGUUUCAAAUAUUUUUGAUGUAUAAAUUGGUGAUUUAUGGUUUAUUUUAACCGAAAGAGAAGUAAUUUUUCCUACAUCCAGCUUCGGAUUACAUUCUUUAUUCCUCUAAUUCUAGUCAUAUUUUAAACACAGUCGAGAGUUGUUCUUAGACCUUGACUUUCUUCCUGUAUGAGAUUGUGAUAACCAAAGAGUUUUACCCUUGAUAGAGCCAACCAAGUUGUUCAGAUUUCUAAAUCAGAUUAUUCUGAAGCUAGAUUGGAAGUUCAAGUUUGCCUGCUAUAAUUUUAAAUUGCAAAAAAUCGAUCCCAAAUUUGAAGGAAUGUGAAUCUAAACAAGUCUCUCUUUCAUAUGCACUGACGCCUUAAGGCCUCCAUGAACCAUCAGAAAAAAUCGAAAUGGUCAGUCAAACUUGUAUUUUAAUGUUCAAGUUAAGUUUUUUUGUUUCUGGUAAUUCUUUUCUUGACUAGCAUUUCUACUCUAGUGUUAUUUCCGGUGUUAUCACACCAGAAUUUGGUUUAUACAAUACAUGGAUUACAUUUUGCAAUUAGGAACCACUAUUUCUGGCCCACUUUAGAAACAACAUACAUGCCAUUGGUUUCCCUAUGCAGACAUGUGCUUUAUUGAAAGAGCCAGAGAUAGUGGCUCCUCAUUGCAAAAUAUAAUCCAAAUAGUGUUAGUCGUAAUGUGAGAAUAUUUUGAUCAUUAAAUUGUGAUACUCUUUUUAUUUCUUCUUUUUACAUGCCCGUUUGGUUUAACUCUCGUAUACUGACCCCAUGACUUUAGUAUAGAAUUGCAAUGAGAUUGUCUUUUUAUUAUUUUAAUUUGAAUUCUUUUUUUGGAAGCGUAUAACCCCACAACUUGUUUAUAUCUGUCUUUGUAUAGAAAAUGAAAUGAAUUUUUCAUCUUUGACUGUACAAUUUUUUUAUCACUGACUUAAUUCUCUCUUUAUGAGUUCCGAUGAAGGUUCAAAUUUUAUCCGGGAAAUGCUUCUCAGAAGCUCAAACUGGGUUCUCAGCGCAGUCUGUUCAAAGAUCAUUCUGGUAAGAAUUUCAAAAAAAAAUUUGACAAUAUCCACAAUCCAAAAAGUUCGAAAGCUGACAGCUUGAGCUAUAUUCUUGAUCCUUGCCACCAACUUCCUUGGGGUGCAGGUGCUAAUGAAAAAUGCUUCCUUGUGUAGUAAUUAAUGAUAAUAUUAAUAUGUAGUUUUAAGUGUGAUUUGAAACCCUUUUUUCACAGAUUUUCAUCGGAUAUUUUGUAACUUGUCUUAAUAGUGUGAUAUAUUCAUCAAAAAACAAAUUUUAAAAAGAAAAUUGAUAGCAAAACUUAACAGGAAAAGUAAAUUUGUAUCUAAAUUUAGAAAUAUUUUUCCUCAGUUAUUGAUGUGUCAGACUUGUUGUAAUAUUUUUUACCUCCUUGCCUCCCUUGCAGGUAGAGGAAGCCUCAUCGUCCUCAGAAAGAAAGAAAAAAGCCUCGUUUAAAUUGAAAAACUACCUUGUAUAAACUUCAAAAUUUCUGUGAUUAUUUUCUCUGUAUUGUAAAAAUUUCCAGCAAAAUGAGUGGCUCGUUGCCUUUAAAAAAAAUGUAAUAGAAGCUGAAAUUUUAAAAAAUUGUAAUAAGUAUCCAUUGCUCCUGCAUGUAGAUGGCAAAAUUCAGCAACUUUUAUGAACUUACUUAGAAAAUUCUAUCGAGUAGUGCUGCUAAUCAAAGAAAUUGGAUGUUAAAUGCCCUAUUCUGUUGAAAUCAUAUCUGUAGUUGCUAAUAUCACAAGAACUGCUUCUACAUAAUCAUUUUAACUUUCAGUUUUUAGCACGAUUGAAAAACAACUAUCAAACGCCAAGAGGUGUAAAAGAUGCAAUUCACUGCACUUAAUUUCUAUUCAAAUUAUUUGAUUCAUUCAAAUAUUAUUCUCUGUCAGUUGAGACGUUUAAAAAAAAGACAAGACAUCUUCCGAUUAGGAAUAGAAUAAGAAUUGACGAGGAACAUCAUACAAAAUAUUAAUAAAUACGAAAUAAAAGAAAGGUAUGUUUUUUUCAAUAAUUUUUCUGCCUGAUUCAGUGUUAGGUUGAUCUUAAAAUAUGAUGGCCAAUUGAAUGGCUCUAAGUCGAACAGCUGAGCUUAUGCAUCAAUAGUGUAACUCCCAAACCACGUAUCUUGUUUGUGGCAUUUUAAAAUCUCCACUACAAUUUUUUUUUUUUCAAGGAAGAGCAAAUGAACAUUGUACUUUUCACAAUUUUUGCACAGAGAAGAAAAAUCAUGGAAGUUUUUAAGCAUGUAGUGACGUUGUUUCCGUUAGAAAAAUAAAGUAUGAUGGGAAGUCUGCAACGUCGCAAACCAAGAUACGUGGUUGGGAAGUUUCAUCGUGGAUAUGUUGUAUUUUGCCUGUAGUUUUAGAUACUUUACCUAAAAAUUAAUCAUCUUGAUUCUUUGAAAAUAGUUCAAAUAAAACUGAAAACCAUCUCAAAAUAGGGCAAAUGUGUUGUGUUUUAAGAUUAACAUGGAUUUGCUGUAAGGCACGAAUUUGAUCUCAUCACAUUAAGUUGUAAAAGUUCCUUUUAAUUUGUAAUUGUACAUUUUUAGUUAACAUUUUGAUGCUGCAAAUCUUGAAUCCCAGAUUGAUCAAUAGUAUAGUGUUGAGGGCUGUACUUGAAUGUCAAGUACGAUAGAACCUUGAUUAUCCAGCCUGUUGGUUUUGAAGCCAGGCUGAGCAAAGAAAAACACAUGUGAGAUGAAUGAGAUUUUACUAUAACUCAAAUUUAUCUCUUUUGUGGCGAAUUCUGUUUUAAUUCAUGAUCUUCUCCAAAGCUCUGCAAUGAAGCACAAUAAUUUACUAUCCAAAACUGAAUUUUUAAAACAAAUUUAAAUUUGAUCAAAUCCACCAUCUUUCUUUGUUUCAUUUCUGUUCAAAACUCUGUUUUGCGCUGCACUAUUGUUUUUUUCUUAUUUUUUUAAAAAAUAUUAUAAUAAAAUAUUAUAAUUUCUUGCCCUCCAGCAAAA